UCGGUGAAGCCGCCCCGUUCCCUUAUAAGAGAGGGCCCAGGAGAGGCUCCUUGCUUCCGCUUCUUUCUCAGAUAAGUCGCAGGCUGAAGACAGACGAAGGGCCGCAGCCAAAGAACCGCGAGGGGGUUCACAAAUAAUAGAGAAAAAUGAAGCUUCUGUUUUUAAUGAUCUCCAUCUGCCUAUUUUCUGAAAGCAUGACUUGUUUAUUAAGCAACACCAGUUACGGCCACCAAAGAACAUUUGAGGAUAUUGCGAGAGAAAUAGCCAAUUAUUCGGACGUUGCUGAGAAGAUUAUCAAACUUGCGGUUUAUGGCAAGGCCCAGAACAGAUCUUACGAAAGGCUUGCGCUGUUUGUGGACACUUUUGGACCACGAUUGAGUGGUUCUAGAAAUCUAGAACUGGCUAUCCAGUACAUGGAGAACGCUUUGAGGAAAGAUGGCUUAGGAAAUGUCCACCUGGAGCCAGUAAAAAUACCCCACUGGGAAAGGGGUGAAGAGAAUGCAAUGAUGGUUGAACCAUACAAUCAUACCAUUGCCAUGUUGGGGCUUGGUGGGAGCGUUGCAACUCCUCCGGAAGGUAUUACAGCAGAAGUGUUGGUGGUAAGUUCUUUUGAUGAACUACACAAGAAAGCCCAUGAAGCCCGUGGAAAGAUUAUUGUUUACAACCAGCGUUACACCAAUUAUGGUAAAACAGUGCUCUACCGACUUCAUGGAGCAGUGGAAGCUGCUAAACUGGGCGCAAAAGCUUCUCUUAUCAGGAGUAUUGCACCAUUUUCUAUCAAUAGCCCACAUACUGGAAUGCAAGCAUAUGACUCAGAUGUGCCUAAGAUUCCUACCGCCUGUAUUUCCAUUGAAGAUGCAGAACUGAUGGCCCGAUUGUUUUCCCGGGGUACUAAAAUAGUUGUAACUCUGAAAAUGGGAGCCAAAACAUAUCCUGAUGCUGAUUCCUUUAACACAGUUGCUGAAAUAACAGGCAGUAAAUACCCUGAGCAGGUUGUACUCAUUAGUGGACACCUGGACAGCUGGGAUGUGGGUCAGGGAGCAAUGGAUGAUGGUGGAGGAGCAUUUAUAUCAUGGGAAGCAUUAUCACUCAUUAAGGAUCUUGGACUCCAGCCCAAAAGAACUCUGCGCUUGGUGCUUUGGACUGGAGAAGAGCAAGGGGGAAUCGGAGCUGAACAAUACUACAAGCUACAUAAAGUAAACAUUUCCAACUUUGAUAUGGUUAUGGAAUCAGAUGAAGGAACGUUUACGCCCACUGGACUGGCUUUCACGGGCAGCCUUAAGGCUCGUUGUAUCAUGAAGGAAAUAAUGAAACAUCUGAAGCCUCUUAACAUUACCAGUGUUUUUGAAGAUGGCGGAGGGACAGACAUUAGUUACUGGAUUCAUGAAGGAAUACCAGGUGCCAGUUUGAGUAACGAUAUCACUAAAUACUUCUGGUUUCAUCAUUCGCAAGGUGACACAAUGACGGUUCAGGAUCCAGUCAAAAUGAAUCUCUGUGCUGCUCUUUGGACUGUUGUGUCUUAUGUGAUUGCUGAUAUGGAGGAGAAGGUACCAGUGUAAUUCAAAAAUAAAUCAAUAAAAAGUAUUGACUGUUUUAGCACAGAACAGGAAUGUAUCUGAUCUAACUCUGUGAUGAAACUCUAGGUGUCUUCCAAAAACUAAACUUUUCUUGAUUCAACUCAGAACAUGUCCUUUUAUCAUGUAUACGUAUUUUUGAAUUGUGGGUCUAACACCUUCUUCUUUGGACAACUUCCUGAUGCUUCAUUUCAGUGCUUUGUUCUUAUUGUUCUUGAUCUUUACUCAGCAAUAUCAUAAAAGUCACUGAUUAUUAAGUUACCCUUUUAUCUGCUAAAUACUUAAAAUAAAUAUGGUGUUAUGCAUGAACUCCUGAGUCUAGCCAUCUGUCAAAAUCUGCCUCCUCCCCCAGCCUCACCCCACAUUAGACAGAGCAAUCUGUGGCUGUUUUUCUACUGAUAGAAAGGGGAUGCUCAGUGAAAG